AUGUUUUGUCUUGGCACUGUGGUGAACGUCUACAAAUUAUGGUUAUGUGUACGGCUUGAAGGUUUGGACAACUCGCACGAAAAAUGGAUUUUCUGUGAUGAUGACUCUAUCCAGCCUAUCGGGCCUACAGUGGAGGAUCACAUGAAGCUGAAUCCACCAAUUGGCUUCAUCCAUCAUCAUGGCACUUUCCCGAAGUUCCUCGAACAGCAUUUGAAGCCUGACGAUGAGACAGGUGCAUCAGUACUUUGUCCGCCUGAAUGGUUCAGACCG